AUGGUUGCGCAAUCGCUGGCUUCGCUAUUACAGCAAGCGUCGAUUGAUGACCACGAGGAAGUCCUUCAGUCAUGCAAUGCAGUCCUCGCCAAAUCCAAAUCCGACCUGCAAGCGCAGCACAUGAAAGUCGUUGCUCUGUUGAAACUCGACCGUUAUGAAGAAGCCCUCAAGACAUUCCAGGCCGGAGGUGAUGCGCUGAAGCAGAGUGCAGGUCUGGAAUACGCCUAUGCAUCAUACAAGUGCGGGAAGCUUGAAGAAGCCACAGAAGCCUUGAGUCGCACAGCUUCUGGGCGUGGUGCUAGCCAUCUCGAGGCGCAAGUGCGUUAUCGUACUGAACACUUCCGACGGUCAGCCGAGAUUUACGAACAACUCUCAAAAGAUACGACAGCUUUCGGGCGCGAGGUUAACGACCUGAACAUCAAUUCGUGGGCUACCGAUGCCCAGCUUCAAUGGAAAGGAGAGACGGAAUUCGUGCGCCACGACCGAUUGUCGAGGGAGGAUUUGGAAUCAUUCGAAACAACCUACAACGCAGCUUGCUUGAACAUUGCAAAGGGAGCGUUUAAGCAGAGCGAGGUCUUGCUCAACCGAGCUCAAAAUAUCUGCCGGACAUCGGAGGACCUUUCACCUGAGGACAAGGCCGCAGAGCUGCUGCCAAUCGCAGUGCAACAACUCUAUGUCCUGAUUCAACUUGGAAAGUUGGAAGAGGCCGAGGCGGUUCUCAAAGAUAUCCCCGUGGAAAACAUCCCCGAGUUAUCAACUAAGAAGAUUGCCCGUAACAACAUCGUCCUCGCUCGCCCGACUGCCGUCAAUCCCUACAUCCUAUACAAGGCCCUCCACGACACCCCAGAUGCCACCAAUAACGAUCGGCUAUUCGAAUACCAGGACCGUGAUGUGAUUGGAAAUUCGCAUGCCGCAGACCUCCUUGUUCAAAAAUACGAUGGUGUAAUCCGGUCUACAGCUAAGGCACAGUCAAAACGCCCAAGUCCAUCCACCGACGCCAUCACCAACCUUCUCUCUGUAUUCAACGCCGCAGCACAUGCUCAAGGCGAAACCGGCCCUAAAGCCCUUAAACAGAUCCUCCCAUUGCUGGAGCGACGGCCCACAGACAUCGGCCUUCUUCUGACAGUGGUACAGCUCUAUGUCAGCGGCGGCAACACCACCUCUGCUAUCACAGCCAUGGAGCAAACCCUCGGCAGUCUUGAGGGCCCAAACGAGUCCGUCCGCUUUAACCCAGGCCUACUCAGCGUCCUUGUCUCCCUGUACCAGCGCGAAGGCCGCAUAGUCCAGAUCCGCACUACCCUCGCACAAGCCGCCUCCUACUGGCGCACUAAGCCCGAGCCCCCCGUGUCCCUCCUCCGUGCAGCAGCCGCCUCCCUUUUGCACUCCGAAGACCGCACAGACCUAGCUACAGCGGGUGAUAUAUUCCGUGCUCUGCACCAGCAAGACCCCAAUGACCGCGUCGCCAUCGCCGGCUAUGUCGCCUCACAAGCAACCCUGGACUAUGCGCAGAUUGAGUCUGAGCUCGACCGCCUGCCGGCUGUCAACGACCUGAUCGCCGACAUCGAUGUCUCAGCUCUGGAAUCUGCUGGCAUCGCUCCCUCCGCAUCCUCGGUUGCCGCGGCAGCUGCUGCCUUUGCUGGUGCCCGCAAGCGCACCGCGGCUGGCGCCGACGAGCGCGCCAACAAGCGUGUCCGCAAGUCCCGUCUACCCAAGGACUUCGAUCCUGCCAAGAAGCCUGACCCCGAGCGCUGGCUGCCUGUGCGUGACCGCUCUUCUUACAGGCCUAAGGGUAAGAAGGGUAAGCAGCGUGCUGCAGCACUCACGCAGGGUGGUCCCGUCAAUGAGAAGGCGGAAGAGUCUUCCGCCCAGCAACCGCAAAAGACCGGCGGAGGCGGUGGUGGCCCUAAUGCCAAGAAGAAUAAGAAGAAGGGCAAGCGAUAG